UCCACUUUCUGAUGAACAUAGAAACUUCCUGCAAGUCAAGAAUUCAUUGAUGGAAGAGAGUUCAGUUCCAGCAUUAUUGAUAUUUUAUUUCCAGUGUGAAAUGGAUUCAGCGACAUAUUGUGUUCUUUGUAUGUUCCGAUGGUAGGGAUUAAAUCCAGAAAGAGUGAAAAUGGUUGAGAAAACAAGGGGAAGAAAGGAAGAGGUGGUGACCAGAGAAUACACCAUCAACCUUCACAAGCGACUCCAUAGCUGCACAUUCAAGAAGAAGGCUCCCAAGGCAAUAAAGGAGAUCAGGAAAUUUGCAGAGAAAGCCAUGGGGACAAAGGAUGUAAGAGUUGAUGUGAAGCUGAACAAGCACUUAUGGAGCAGAGGGAUUCGUAGUGUCCCGAGAAGGGUUAGGGUUCGCAUUGCUCGUAAAAGAAAUGAUGAUGAAGAUGCAAAGGAAGAGCUCUACUCUCUGGUAACUGUUGCCGAAAUCCCAGCUGAAGGACUGAAAGGUUUGGGCACCAAAGUCAUUGAUGACGAUGAGUAAUUUACUGAUUUUCUAGUUAAUGGAAACUUGAAUUUUGUUUGAGACCAACAAAUUUACAUCAUAGUUUUUUUUGUUAA